ACCACUGAAGUACCGUCAGUAACUACUACGGGAACAACAGUACCAGGUGUCACAACAACAAGCCCUGAAACAACUACAUCUGCUCAAACAACACAAAUUAUUGGGACAACAACAGAAAUUCCAGAAACAACAGUUGUUGUAGUCACAGAAUCAAAACAAACAUCAACUGUUGUUACACAACCUAGUAUUUUGAACACAACAUCUAUUGUGUCCUCAACUGUCACUUCAGGAGCGACAAUUAAGGGUACAACUUCCAUUGGCCCAAUAACACAGACACUUCCAGGCAGCAUAACUGUGUACACUACCAGACCAGCCAUAUCCACAGUUGUAUCUACACCACCUCUAUUAACCACAACUCCAACAUUGUGUUCCUGCAUUUUCAAUGGGACUGCACAUUAUUCUGGGGACCUUGUGUACAAUAGGACUGAUGGCUUAGGCUGGUGUUACAUUGCAUAUUGCAGUGCAUCUUGUAAAAUUGAGACAGAAUCCAGACCAUGUCCCACAACACCGAUACCCAGCACAACCGCACGUUCCACCACUACAGAGGCCUCAGUGUCUUCCUCUCCAUCAACAACCCCAUCUACAACUACCACUGACUGCAGUGAUAUGAAUUCAACAAGAAAGGAUGGAGAGUCCUGGAAGGUCAGCAACUGCACCACAGCUACUUGCACCAAAGGCAAGAUCACAACGACACCCACUGUCUGUCCCGAUGUACAAGAACUCAUCUGUGUAAAUGGACGCAAACUCGUCAAAGUCUAUGACGACGACGACGAAUGCUGCUUUCACUAUGAAUGUGAAUGUGUGUGCAAUGUCUGGUCUGAAUACCACUACCUGACUUUCGAUGCAAAGUCUUACAAGUUCAAGGAGAACUGCUCUUACUACCUGGUCAAAGAGAUUAUUACUAAAUAUAACCUGACUAUAAUAGUAAAUAACCAUGACUGUGAUGCUUCGAACAGCACAUUCUGUCCCCAGGCUCUCAUUGUAACAUACGGAUCCUACACGGUAGUUUUGACUCAGUUGGAGACUUCAGGAACAGCAUCUAAUGUGGUGUAUGUGAAUCAGAAACGGAUCUAUCCGGCCUACCAAAAUUCUGUUCUACGAGUCACAAGCACAGAUAUGGUGAUCACAUUGGAGAUACCUGAGAUCAACACAAAAGUGCUCUAUAGGGACUCGGCAAUCAUUAUUGACCUUCCUAUGUCUUUCUUUGGUGGAAACACUGAAGGACAGUGUGGGACCUGUGACAACAACCCGGACAACGACUGCCGUUCUCCAAACGGCCAGGUGGAAAGCUGCUCAGACUCUGCAGGCCAGUGGAAUGUCCCGGGUCGGCCCUGUGUGACCCCCACAACGCCUUCAGCUACGACCACUUCAAACCCACCUCCCUCAACAACACCGUCACCUUGCAAACCUGCCAUUUGUGAUGUCCUAACCAGCAGUGUUUUUGCACCUUGCAAUGGAGUCAUACACCCCGGUCCAUUUGUGGUAUCCUGUAGGGAUGAUAUUUGCAACAGCAAUGUCAUUGACUGCACCAGCCUGCAGGCCUAUGCCACUCAAUGCUCUGAGGCAGGAGUCUGUAUAGACUGGAGGAAUGCAACCAAUGGGCAGUGUGAGUUCAAGUGUCCAAGUAACAAGGUGUACAUGGCCUGUGGCGCCCUUGUAGAGCCUACAUGCAAUGACAGAUACAACCAAAAGUUCCAGGCAGACAGCCAGGCAUCCUCUAACAACACUAUGGAGGGUUGUUUCUGUCCUAAUGGCACCAUCUUAUUCAACACAGUCCAUGACACAUGUGUUCCCUCCUGCGGUUGUGUUGGACCUGAUGGAGAACCCAAACAGCCUGGUGACACAUGGACAAGUGGCUGCAACACCUGUGUUUGUGACAUCGAUUCCAUGAGCAUCCAGUGUGAGCCUGAUCAAUGCCCAACAAAACAGAGCCCCAACUGCAGCAAACCUGGCCAGCAGCUGGUCAACAAAACAGAUGACUGCUGCACAACACAGUCUUGUGAGUGCAACGUAAACCUGUGUCCCCCUCCUCACACCUGCCCGCUGGGGUUCCAACUCAACGUCAUGAACGGCACCUGCUGCCAAUACUACGAGUGUGUUCCUAAAGUCGUUUGUGUCUACAACAUGACCGAGUACAAGCCUGGUUCCAAGAUACCAACACCAACAACACAAACCCCAUCAGAACCACCAACAGAAGUACCAGCAAUACCAGAACAACCGUCAGGGGCCACAACAGCAGCAUCAGGAGCGGGAGGAACAACAUCGGGACCUUUAACAGAGGAGUCCCCAUCAGAACCACCAAUAGAAGUACCAGCAAUACCAGAACAACCGUCAGGGGCCACAACAGCAGCAUCAGGAGCGGGAGGAACAACAUCGGGACCUUUAACAGAGGAGUCCCCAUCAGAACCACCAACAGAAGUACCAGCAAUACCAGAACAACCGUCAGGGGCCACAACAGCAGCAUCAGGAGCGGGAGGAACAACAUCGGGACCUUUAACAGAGGAGUCUUUCAAUCCCAAAGCCUGCCAGAAUUGUUACUGUGGCUCACAAAUGAAUCCCACCACCAAGCUAAACAUCAUUACUUGCAAACCUAUUGUCUGCAACACAGACUGCCCUAAAGGUUAUGAAUAUCAGACUACAGCUGAUAAGUGCUGUGGUACGUGUGUUCAGAAGAGCUGUAUUUUCACCACACCUGAAAACACAACGUACAUCUUUGAGGUCAACAACACAUUUGUACCACCUAAUGACAAGUGUGUGCAAUAUGAAUGUGAGAACAUCAACGGACAGCUUAUUAUUAAGAAGACCAAGACCAUAUGUCCUCACUUUAACCCCUUGGACUGUGAACCUGGUACCGAGACAACAGACGCUAAAGGAUGCUGCACAACCUGCUCGCCGCAGAACAUCUGUGAGGUCCAGAGUAAGCAGACCGUCAUCGAAGUCAACGACUGCAAGAGCACGCAGCAGGUCACCAUGACGUCCUGUGCUGGACACUGUGGAAGCUCCUCCAUAUAUUCUGCAGCAGCUAACACGAUGAUGCACCAGUGUGAGUGUUGCCAAGAGGCCACCAUCAGUUCGAAGCAGGUGGAGCUGACCUGCGCCAACGGCUCCAAGGUCCAGCACAUCUACACGGUGGUGGAGACGUGCCAGUGCAGCAAGGCAGAGUGUGUGUCGGGGACAACGUCCAAACCACAGCGCCGCAGGAGACGCUGAUCCUACUGGACUGAAACCUUGCAAACAUUAUGCAAGACUUAACUUUCCUAUUCUUGUCAGGUUUCAGUAUUCAUAGCUCAACUUGUUACUCUUUCUUCAUUUUAGGACUUCAUGGAUAAUCCUUAAUAAAAUUAUAUUUCUGCAAUAUGA